UUUCAAACCAUCACCACAAACACCUUCACCACGACGUUCACGAAGCAUUGACGAACCAUAAUUCAUAAUUUCCACUCCAAAACCCACCUUUGAACUUGUAUUCUUACAAAGCCACCGGUAUAUCCAAGAAUACACAAGAAAAAUGGCAACGUCAAGCUCCUUGACGCUGUCAAGCACAACCUUCGCAAAACUCUCACCACACCCAUUCCUCCUCGCAAACCUCCAACCACCAAGCGGCCCUACCUCGGCAACCACACCUCCCUCCUCACGAACCAACGGCCGCCAACCCCGCCAACCGCGUCCCUAUAGUAUAAACACAUCCUCCCUAUCACACGCCCACGGCAGCGCCGUCGUGCGAUCCGGCGACACCACCGUAAUAUGCGGUGUACGCGGCGAAACUCUCCUCACAUCCCAAAUCCCAAAUUACCGCGUCACGCCAACCUCCUCCUCCCCCAAUAGUAGUAUAGCGAGAACAGACGAACUACGAGAUUACGAUUUACUUGUUCCGAAUGUGGAGUUAGCAACAGGCUGCGCACCAAACUUCCUCCCCGGCGUACCCCCGACCACCCUCGCGCAGACGCUGAGUACGCGUUUAUACUCACUACUUCAUAGUGCGAAGGUUUUGAGUGCGGAGGGGUUGAGGAUAUAUAAUCGCGAUGGAGCUCUUACUACAACAUCGGCCGAGGGGGGGAUGGAGGAAGAUAAUAAUGACGAGGAAGAUGCGGUGAAGGAGGUUAAGGCAUAUUGGGUACUUUACAUCGACGUCCUGUUUAUUUCGUUCGAUGGAAACCCGUUUGAUGUGGCUUGGGCUGCGAUCCUGGCUGCGUUGAGGGAUACGAAGUUACCGUACGCGUAUUGGGAUGUGGAUCGCGAGAUGGUGUUAUGUUCCCGACCGACUACUGAGAAGCCGGCUGUGCCGUUGAGUAUACAUGGAUUACCGGUUGCUUGUACGGUGGCUGUGUUUACGGCGAAGGAGAGGCAGCAGAAGAAGGGCAGUGGUCAGUUUUGGAUCUUGGUGGAUCCGGAUAGACUCGAGGAGAGUUUAUGUGAUGAGACUGUCACGAUGGUGGUUGAUAACACAAAGGGAGAAACAAAGAUCCUGGCCAUAUCGAAAAGUGGUGGCACGGUUGUUGGACCGGCGAUUAUGAGGGAGUUUGCUAAGGUUGCGGCAGAACGGUGGAAGGAAUUCCGUGCUGUGUUGCAGUAGAGCAGGGAGGCGGUAGGAGUAGUCACUUGAUACCCGGAAUCCUGGAAUAAAAAGGCAGAUUCGUACAGGCUUAUGAGGAACUAAGAAUUUGCACUGAUUCCGGUGAAUUUACCAUUGAUCCCUAUGAUGAUUCUGAUGUGAAUAACUUAAGUGCCGAGAAGAGUACAUGUAGUUGCAUACAUGUUCUAAAUGCCCCUAAUUCAUUUAUUCUAGUAUCUUAAUGUUUACUUUGAGCAUGAAUGAAAUAUCUUUAUCACAAGUACGCAGUAACUAUUCGAAGUGAGAUGUAUCAACCCUUCGAACCAUCCUAUCAGGCCAAAGAAUCCAGGAUAGUAGAUACGGGACGACGAUUUUGGUCUUCCGCUCAUAAAAGACGAGCAGCCUACUGAAAGGCCACUCUUAAACCAGCAUCGUAGCGCUUCGAGAUAGUUGAGCGUUGGAUACUGGC